UUCCUUCUCCCGUUUUUCCCUCCGACGAAACAGGAAGAAGUCCCAUAGUAUUUUUUUCUUAAAUUAAAUCAAAAUGGACCAACAUUUUACUCCGAAUGACCAAAUUCAAAAUAUUGAUCCGUUACAAAAGCACCAUCACUUUCCCUCCCUCUGCAUUAGGGUUGUUAAACUGCACCUUUAAACCCUAGUCCCCCAAUUCCGUAGUUCCCACUCCAAAAUUCCCUGAAGUUCAACGUAGUUUACCUAGCCCCCUUGCAUUUCACCAUCAUGAACCCUCAAAUUCAAAAUCAGGAAUGCAUGUUGAAAGAAUCAAUUAAGCACUUUUUAACAUCAUAUCACUGCGGCAGCUCCGACUUCUCGUCUUUUGAGUCCAUUUUUUUCCGUUUAAUCCAGACAAUGCUCGAUCCACCUCUCGAGAUAACUUGGUUUUACUCUGCUGUCACGUUCCAUGCUGCGAAAUUGAGCCCACAAAACAGCCCUCCCACCGGACCACUCAUAGCCAAGGAUUUGAUGAAUUUACUGGUAUCCUGUUCUAAUCUGAGUAGUGCAUCGAAGAAGAUCGCGCUGCUCGCUCCUGUUGUAUACGAGCUGUACAAUAUUAUCAGUGAAAAUAGGAAGAAAGGUUUAUGUGUGAGAAAGGAGGUUGACAAGUUGGUGGAGGAUAUGGUUAGUUAUGUUAUUAUGUCAGCUGGGGUUUAUGAUUAUGGAGAUAGAGAUGUCGAAUCUGAUAGCGUGGUGGUUUGCUUUGAGGAUUUGGUUCGGGUUUGGACAGCUGAUCGGGGUGGGGGGCAGUGUAAUUUUGGGCAAAAUUUGAGGGUCUUUUUCCCACUUAUGACUGAUGGAACUUGGAAAGGGAUGAAUGCUAGGUUCCGGUUGCAGGAAUUGGUUGGGAUUGUUCUGUGUGAAGUGUUCUUCCUGAGGCUGUAUGUGAGUUUUGGUUCAGGGAUGUGUACAGAGGACCUUCUGAAAGACAUGCAAGAUCAGAUGGUUCAGAUUAUCAAGGGAUUCAGGAAUUGUCACUUCUUAGAUAUGCUCCUCAAAUUGCUAUUGGAGCCCAGCUUGCCUGUUGCAGCCUCACUGAGUUCUGAGGAUGCCUUUCUUCUACGUAAAGUGUUGAAUGAUGCUGUUAUGUUGGUUGACUAUUCAUUUUAUUCUGGGAGAUGGAACCAGUCAUCUGACAGUCACUCAAAACAGCUAGCUCUUGUAUGGGUGUUAGUUGCUGACCGUGCCAUUCAGUUUGCUAGGGCUACAAAUGAUCAAGCCAGGGCCAGUUCGUAUCUUGAUGCUUUCUGUGAAUCUCAAUUGGUUUCUGAGUUGAUUCAUUGGGCAAGUACUCAAGCUGGAGCUGUGGAACAAAACACUAGGCCGGACAUUUGUACUCCUAAAGCUCUUAUCAAGUGGCUUUUGGUCCUUGAAGAACAAGGGAUUAGAGUAUUUGACCAUAGCAUGUCACAGCUACGUGCAAAAGCAGAGAAAUGCUUGUCAAGAGCGGAUAGUGAGCCACCGGAACUUAAGCUCUUGGGAGAGAAUCUAAAUCAGGAUAUCUUUUUGUACAACAAAAAUGAUGCAAACACAGACCAAGAAAUGGGUGAUCCGUCAAUCAAUGGAUUUCCGGAUGCUUUCUGCUUGAUGAAUAAAAAAAUUGAUGCAAGUAGGAAACGCAAAGAGGCUCUGAGUGGUCUACACGAAUCACGUAUCAAGCAGGUGAAGCGUGAUAUUUUUGGAGGUUCUCUUGGGGAAAAGUUUCAAUCCAUCUCUAGUGACAAUGGAUUGCACUGUGUGAGCGAGGUGAAAAACAUCACCGGCGAUGAUGACAUGGAACUCAUAGGUUGAGUACUAUCUAUAUAUAUGUAUACCUGAAUAUGUUGCCUUGUUGCUGGAACUUUGAAUUCAUGAUGUGCAAACUUCGUCACUGAAAUGACAAGGAAAAAUGUAGAAUCAAAUAUGUAACAAACUUUUCUGUAGUAAAAAGUAUAUAAUGUUAUGGCAUUUGGCUAUUGCUUUCUUCAUACACAA